CGGCGGCCACCGAGAGAAAAUGGCGGACUUCGAGGAACUGAGGAAUAUGGUUUCCAGUUUCCGUGUCUCUGAGCUCCAAGUCUUGUUGGGCUUCGCCGGACGUAACAAAAGCGGCCGCAAGCAUGACCUCCUAAUGAGAGCACUGCACUUACUGAAGAGCGGCUGCAGCCCAGCAGUGCAGAUCAAAAUCCGAGAACUCUAUCGGCGGCGGUACCCGCGGACGAUCGAAGGUCUGUCCGAUCUAUCAACCAUCAAGCCGGCGGUCUUCAAUUUGGACAGCAGUUCGUCCCCCGUAGAGCCCGACUUGGCGGUUUCUGGGAUCCACUCGUUGCCUUCGACUUCGGUGACCCCUCAGUCCCCUUCCUCUCCCGUCGGUUCCGUGCUCCUCCAAGAGACUAAACCCACGUUUGAGAUGCAGCAGCCGUCUCCCCCGAUCCCCCCGGUCCACCCUGACGUCCAGCUGAAGAGCCUGCCUUUUUACGACGUCCUCGACGUUCUCAUCAAGCCCACGAGUUUAGUUCAAAGCAGUAUUCAGAGGUUUCAAGAGAAGUUUUUUAUUUUUGCAUUGACACCUCAACAAGUGAGAGAAAUAUGCAUUUCCAGGGAUUUUCUGCCAGGUGGUAGAAGAGAUUACACUGUCCAAGUUCAGCUAAGAUUGUGCCUAGCAGAGACUAGCUGUCCUCAAGAGGAUAACUAUCCAAAUAGUCUGUGUAUAAAAGUAAAUGGAAAGCUGUUUCCUUUGCCAGGGUACGCUCCUCCUCCAAAAAAUGGAAUCGAACAGAAACGACCAGGACGGCCUCUGAAUAUUACAUCUUUAGUCAGAUUGUCUUCAGCUGUGCCAAAUCAGAUUUCUAUUUCUUGGGCAUCUGAAAUUGGAAAGAAUUACUCCAUGUCGGUGUAUCUUGUACGUCAGCUCACGUCAGCCAUGUUGUUGCAGAGAUUAAAAAUGAAAGGUAUUAGGAACCCUGAUCAUUCCAGAGCAUUAAUUAAAGAAAAACUCACUGCAGAUCCUGACAGUGAAAUUGCCACAACCAGUCUGCGGGUGUCUCUGAUGUGUCCCCUAGGAAAGAUGAGAUUGGCAAUCCCUUGCCGGGCAGUGACUUGCACACAUCUGCAAUGUUUCGAUGCUGCUCUUUAUCUACAAAUGAAUGAAAAGAAGCCCACUUGGAUUUGCCCUGUGUGUGACAAAAAGGCUGCCUAUGAAGGUCUAAUUCUGGAUGGGCUCUUUAUGGAAAUUCUUAACGAAUGCUCUGAUGUGGAUGAGAUUAAGUUUCAAGAAGAUGGCUCGUGGUGCCCAAUGAGGCCGAAGAAGGAAGCGUUGAAAGUGUCAAGCCCACAAUGUACAAAAAUAGAAAGUUCAAGCGUCCUUAGCAAACCUUGUUCGGUGGCCGUGGCCACUGAGACAAGCAAGAAGAAAGUAGACGUUAUCGACUUGACAAUAGAAAGCUCUUCUGACGAAGAGGAAGAACCUCCCACCAAAAGGAAAUGCAUCUUUAUGUCGGAAACACAAGGCAGCCCAACUAAAGGGGUUCUCAUGUAUCAGCCAUCAACUGUCAGAGUGCCCAGUGUGACAGCGGUCGAUGCUGUGGCCAUCCCGCCUUCAUUAACAGACUAUUCAGUACCAUUCCACCAUACACCAGUAUCCAGUAUUUCAUCCGAUUUGCCAGGUUUGGAUUUUCUUUCACUAAUUCCAGUUGAUCCACAGUACUGUCCCCCUAUGUUUUUGGAUAGUCUUACCUCAACCUUAACAAGCAGCACAGCUGGAAACAUCAUCACUUCCACCAGCCCUCAUGAAAGCAACACCCACGUUAGUUCGUCCAGCCGGAGCGAGACCGGGGUCAUAACCAGCAGCGGGAACAGCAUCCCUGACAUCAUCUCACUGGAUUAAAAGACUCGCUGGACUCUAGGAAUAAUUAGCCAACACCGCUCAUUCCCGAGCCCCUCUCUCUGGCCUUUGGCAGUUCUUUUGCUAUUUAUUGAAAAAGACAUGGAUACUUCUGCCUUUUGCAAGCAGAGGGACAGAUCUGUGCGGCAAGCACCCCGUGUGACUUCUUCCCCGAGCGUUCUGAAUAACGAAUCCUUUCAACCCCUCGGACGUUUCGGCAUCUCCUGAAGAAACCUGUUGCCGGAUGGAUUCCUCGAGGUGGUUUAAAAUUUUACGGUGUUGUUGUAAUUCACAGCAAUAAAUCUAUGUACAUAUUUCGAGGAAACUUUUCUAAUAAAAAGGCAAUUUACCACUCUAGAACGACAACGGCAUAUGUUUAUCCCGGUCAGAGAGGAAAAGGUGUACUCACGGACCGAGGCGGAAAUCAGUACCGCCGAAUGAGGGGGUUCCGCGGUCAGACUUCACUGAGGUAACAAAGCCUCGUGGUGUGGCCCUGAUGGAAGUUGGGUUUAUGCUGUUGUUCCUCCUCUCUCCCUGACCCCAUCAAAGUAAAGUGGCCUCUUGUUCCUAUCUCCCCCCGGACUGUCAUUUCUACUGUGACACUGUUCAGUGAUGAAUGCACAGUGAAGUUUGGAAAUCUAGCUGCUUUGUACUAGUCUAUUGUGGAGAAAGAACACUAUGCAAACUCUGCCCGACACACAGUAUGCAUUAUUUUCCAGAGUCGUACUCACCUGGCGUGGUGUGUACUGCCAAUUUGGAGGGUUUGUUUAUUAAAAAUAGAGAUAUUCUACUAUGCAGCUGCUGGAGGAAAUGUCUUUUGAGGGAUUCGCUUCGACUUGAGCAGUUUUCCCUUUCUAAAAAGAACUGAGAGAUGUGGGGGACAGAUGAGAGAGAGAGAGAGAAAAGUUAAUUUGUUACUAAAAGUUUAGUAUUCUAUAUUUUUCAAUAUAGGCUACCCAGUGUAACUUCUGUGCCAGUACAGUUUAAUUAGAAAUAUUUAAAAGCUGGAUAAAGUAUUUUACAACUUUCUAUUCUGUAUCUCCUGAUCCGCGGAAGCCUGUUUGGUUACUGUCCAAUUGAGUUUUAAAUAACUCAGGGAAUCUGGCUUUCCAGUAUCAUUGGGGGACCUCCAAAAUUUAAUAGACAUUGUUGUUAAGGCCCUAGAUAUCAAAACUUGCAUUUUCCUUACUCAGUACCCUCCUGUUGUAUGUAGAUGAUAACUUGGAAGUUUCUCUGUUCUCUAGGUUAAAAACAAUUCCAAUAUUGUACCUGUAGAUAUUGUAUUUUAGCCCUUCCUUCCUGUCUGUCCCCCCAGAGCAGUGGUGUUCGCACUUUUUAAUUUUUGAAAGAGAUCCUUUCAGAAAUUAAAGUUGUUUUAGAUUUUGGUUGGUCUCUUUGUAAAACUACGGUGCCCAGAUGUGCACCGUUCUUGGGAAUUCUAACGGCGCCUCAGACGGUUCCAGUUGUGGCAGGGGAACGGUCCGUUUCCCAGUCCGGGUUGUGAUGCCCAAGCCCAAAUCACUGAAUUUUUGAGACACUUCCCAUUCAAACUUAUUUCCAAUGAGCAGGCCAUUGGAUCUUUUGGCCUUUACCGCUUCCUUGUUUUCCCCUUCCUCUGGAAUCUGUUUAAUUUUCUGCUGAUGUAUUAUAUUGAUCUUGUACAGAUUUAACUUCAGAUUAUUUCAUGCUUAGAUUUCUUACCAAGUCCUCCCUGCCUUUUUUUGGGCUGUCCUCUGUUUGGGGAGGAUUGGGGGCCAACCCCUCCUAACUUAAUGUACUCUUUCCUCUUUUGGAAAGUUAUUAAAAGAUGUGAAAUAGAACUGAACCUUCAUCCAUCUCAGAAACCCAACUGCUAAGAUCUGUUUCCCGCUCAUUGCUAUUGAUCAAGCUCAAUCGGCUGUUUUCUGGUCCACUGACAGGACCAUUUUAAAAGAAACAGAAUAACUUUUCCGGGCAAGAAUUUCCGUUGCCACCAUGUCAAAUGCUUUACUCAUUACAGUUGCAUUGUUUGUCUGCUAACUUUGUAACCUUGUAGGAAAGAUAAUCUGGUUUGUUUGCAUUAAUUUGUUUAAUAAACCAAUGUUGCAUAUUG